AUGGCACUCACGACGUCGUCUUCGACACCGGCUCCAAUGAAUCGACCAGCCGAAAACGGAAGGAAUAUGUUUAGACCACCAUUCCAAAUCCAAAUGGUUCCAUUCCAUGGUUUUGCUGCAAGAAGUGGGCCAAUCCAAAGAGCACUCGAACGCAUGAGAGAAGCCGAAGGAGCUGGACCAAGUCCACCAGUUCAACAACCAGACGCGGAGGGUCAAGAAGAAGUUGGCCGAGGUGAGGAGGAUCGUGAAAGCGUGGAAGAAGAUAACGAAGACGCAGAAGAAGAUGAGGACGAUGAAGAUGAGAAUCUAAUGAGACAAAUGAGAAGCGCACCGAGACCGCCACCGUCUCAAUUCGACAGAUUUCAACGGUGGAUUCAAAUCGGUUUUUUCCAAGCGGCUAUUGAAACAUUCACAGAAAGAUCUGGAACUGAAAACGUUGAGGAAGUGCGGAAGAAUGCGGAAAAGACAAUGCUGGAGCUGAUCGCCAAAAGCGGAGAACUUUAUAUGCCUGAUAUCAACGGAAAACCAUUGUGCGGCACACCAAAAAUGAUUCGUGAAUUGAAAAGAAUGUCCAAACAUGUCGACUAUUUUCGCGAUUUGCUCAAAAAAUUCUUGGAGGAGUUUGAUGGAUCACCUCUGAGAGUGAGCAGAUUGCGUAGAGCUACAGGAUUCAUGAAAGGAAUUAUGACAUUUGACAAAUCGCCUGGUAUUUAUGUAUACAACAACCCAAAGACACCAGCACCAAACAACUACGAUUUGGACAUCGAGAUUUUCGAAGUUAAUGCCCAACUUUUCCUUGAGUACCUCAGAACCUACUGGAGACCACAACUACUUAAUGCCUACUAA